AUUGCGUCUCUUGGUUUUUCAUCUUCUUCUUAGUGCAAUCAAAUGUGUGUUUGAUUGAACAACUCUUCACGUAUCUUAUGGUGUUCGGUUUAGAUACUUGAAUUAAGGAGCAAGUUGAAUAAACUAUGGAACACUACGACAAGAUUUAUUUGGUUGUGUAUGGAGUCAUCUCAUGGACAAGUGCAUUCUUGUUAAUAAGAAAGAUUUUCCCGAAAAGGUCUUUUGAUUUCUGUAACCGUAUAGUUUCGACGAUUCAUGCUUUGUUUGCGGUUUUCUUGUCUUCUAUGUCUGUUCAAGACUGGAGAUGCCCAGUUUGUCCCUUGGCCUCAAACUCAACCCCUGUUCAGAUGAGAGCUCUAUCAGUCAGUCUUGCUUAUUUAAUCUAUGAUUUAGUGUGUUGUUUGUUUGAUAAGAAUAUAAAAAUAGAUAAUUCUGUUCAUCAUCUAGUUAGCAUUGUUGGAGUUGUAGCAGGUCUUGCUUAUGAGAAGUGUGGUUCAGAAAUGAUGGUUACAAUGUGGAUCACUGAAAUCUCGAGUCCAUUUCUCCAUUUAAGAGAGAUUCUCAAAGAGCUUGGUUAUAAGGAUACUGAUAUCAAUUUAGCAGCUGAUGUUUCAUUUGCGGUGAUUUUCUCAAUUGCAAGGAUGUGUGUUGGACCAUAUCUUUGCUAUGUUACACUAUCUGCCGAUAAUCCUAUUCUCAUCAAGGCAAUGGCCUUGGGACUUCAGUUAGUAAGUGCUUUCUGGUUCUUCAAGAUUGCAAGGAUGGUGAAAUAUAAAUUCAUCAAGAGAUCCGCAUCCAAAACCAAAAGCAGUUAGCUUUAUCCCCAUUUAUGUAUAACAAUUCAUUCAAGAUCUUUACUUUUCUUGAAUAUAUAUCAUAAUUUUCAAAUUUCAAAUAUAAUUAUUUAAUUUCCGCUGGA